GAUUGGCCCUACUGCGGCAAGUCGCUAGUCGCUACUCGCUUGACGCUUCAGUCGGGCGCUACUACGCGUGCCAGUAACACGUAUCAGUGCGGUAGCGCCAAUAGCACGCGCCACGCGUGUAUCCGACGCGGUUACAAUGUUUAGUGCUUACUAAGCGUAAUAUUUAGUAAUUGUUCUGUGAUACAUGUGGCUUAACAUUUAUGAUCAGAUUAAUAAGAUUGCCGUCCGUAUUAAGAUUUUUUUAAUGUUGAUGUGUCUGGCGCUAUGGCGUGCUACAGUUGUGACAGGCAGGUUUUCAACGCCUUCGAUCGGAACAGGAAGAUGAGCAGCACCUUCGCUGACUGUGCACUGGCGGCGCAGUCUCCGAGCUCUGACGAUGAGGAUCUGUACCGGGAGAAGGCGCUGCACUCGCAGGCGAGGCAGCUGUUCCCUCUACAGGAAGACCUGGCUGAUUGGAUAAACAAGACUAUUGGAAUAACGUAUCUGAACGGAGAAAAUUUUUUGGACGUGUUGGACAACGGAGUGGAGCUUUGCCAAUUAGCGUCCGUCAUCCACGACAAAGCUAGGGAGGCUCUGGACCAAGGACUCAUAGUUGGACCGGUACCAACUAUUCGCGGAAAAUGUUGGCAGCGCGCCGGGCGGGGCAGUUUCUUCUCCCGUGACAACGCCGAGAACUUCAUCACCUUCUGUCGCAACCUGGGUGUUCAUGAGAAUCUUCUCUUUGAAAGCGACGACCUGGUGGUGCACAAUCAGCCGCGGCAGGUGAUCCUGUGCCUGCUGGAGGUGGCGCGCCUGGCCACGCGCUAUGCCGUGGAGCCGCCCGGGCUGGUGCAGCUGGAGAAGGAGAUAGCGGCCGAAGAAUGUGACUCGGGCCUGGAGUCUUCCAUGUCGGGCGCCUGGCACUUCCGGGACGCCUCGCCCCCGCUGACCGCCCACUCAUCAAAGGUGGACCCAACACCCGCCACACCGGAGAAUGACAGUAGCGCGGUAGACAACUGCGACGCCGCCAGCACCAAGUCUGGGGACAGCGGGCGCUCUGGGUCCAGCGCCGACACUGACACUGACGUGCCUCUCAACCCCACAAACGAACUGGACAAGCGGGUGCAAACAAUUACGAGUUUGUUGGAGCGAGGAUGCCGCUGCAACUCUGAGAAGUGCUCCCGGAUGCUGAAGAUGAAGAAGGUUGGGGAAGGCCGAUACAAAGUCGCCGGUCGAAACGUGUUUAUCAGACUCUUGAAGGGGCGCCACAUGAUGGUGCGUGUGGGAGGCGGCUGGGACACCCUGGAGCACUUCCUGUCCCGCCACGAGCCCUGCCAGGUGCGCCUCGUCACGCCCGCGGCACAGACCCCGCCCCUCGCACCGCCUCCCGCCGUGCACCCUCGCACAGCUCGCAAGACAUCACCGAUCAUUUCAAACACCAAAAGCCGGCCGCAAUCCUCCUCAUCGGCCCCCGAGCCUAGGCCUCUCCGCUCAGCCCGGACGCCUACCGAGGAAAAGAAACCGUUUGUCGCGGCGGUACCGAAAAAAUCUCGCAGCAUGAGCCUGGCGCACGUCUCCUCUGACAACAAGUUCUGUGGCACGGACCGGCUGAACAAGAGUCGGAGUGCGAGCAUCUCCGGGCCGCAGCAGACCACGCAGGCGCGGCCGCGCAGUCUGCACCAGCCCACCACACUCUACACCAAGAAAGCCCGCAGCAUGAGUAUUCUGAUGGCGGGAGACGUUAGGAAGCCGCUCAGCAAGAGUGCGUCAGUGACCGGCGAGCGCGGUGCGCCCAUCACGCAGGCCUCCAUCGAGGAGAGCAUCCGCGCAUCGUUAGAGGCCCGAAUCGCCGACGUCGACUCGACCAAGAAACCCUUCCUGCACAUCAAAGCCAAAUAUAGAGGAUCACCGCCACGGGAGGUGCCGCCCAGAUAAUCUCCGCAUUCCAUUAGUUGUUAUUGAUGCUAGAUAUUUAGACGUAGUUUGUAGUUAGAGGUCUGUGGGGUGGAAACCUGUCACCGCCCGGAACCGAUGAUCCGUCAAACUGACCUGAGCCAGGCAGCGAUUGAAUCUAUUUUAUGUUUAAUGGUUACUUUUCUUUAAACUAUUAAUAUAAUUACACCGCUUGUCAGCUAGCUAAUAGAAGAGUUUACUGACAACCGGAGGAUUGUACCUAUUGUUUUUUUAUAUCUGGUAAGAGGAGGGGCUACGGGGGACUAGUCAUACUAAUUUAAUUUCCAUAUAUUUUUGCACAUAGAUAGAUAAGCACUAGAUAGACACGAUACAAUCAAUAAAUCUCAUCCGCGCCAUUUUGGUUUACUUUUACAAGUUUUGACAUAACACAUUAGUCCAUGAUAAAUUAUAAAAAUUAUUGCCACAAAUUGUUUAAUUUAUUUAACUAAAUUAAUUUCAAUAAUUUCUGUUGAAUAAUAAAUUAUUUAAAUUUUUGUGUUUGUUUUAAAGAAAAUAUUUUUAUAACCUAUUACUUAAUAAUCUUGUUUUUAAUCAAUAUUUGAAUACUAUUAUCUACAAUAAUAAUGUGCCAACAAUUCUUAAUAAAUUUUUUAUACUAUGA